AUGGACCACUCGCGACUUUCCGAAGUAUCGAGCGCCAUCGAGGAAACUUUCUUCAUCAUAUGGCACUGCUUCCAAGCCUUUGCGUGGGUAAAUAGACUCCAUCAUUACGCUACUCGCCUCACCAAAUACACCUUCUUCUCUGUGCUUCACAUUCCUUUACUCUUAAAUAACCUAGCAUUUUCUCCGGCGCAGUACGCUAAGAGCCACCCGCGUUUCCGACCUACGAUUCGAUGCUCCCACCAGUCUCUACUCCACCGCCGCCUCUUGCAUCUCCGUACGAAUUGGAUGGGGCGUCAAAUGAGGAAUAGGGCGUUCAACCUGAUUUGUACAUCUCUCGAUGCUAUGUUUGAUCUGCGCCGAAGGACGGCAAUCAUCCUGAACAUUCCCCAAACCGCCCUAACAACGUAUUUUAGGUUCAGCAACCGCAGCAUGAAGGUAUUAAUUUUGCUUGUUCGCAUCUCGCAGCCAAAACCUAUCACCUUGGCUUCAGAACCCAGCCAGCCCACCUCAGUUAUUUUCACCACCAUCAAUUCGUCGAAUCUGCCUAUCACGGAUCGCAACGUCUCUUCCUCGUCAACUCUAAACAGUGAAAUAACAAAUUCCAAAGAACCGCUAUCCGUCAUCUUCCAUCAUACUCUUGAUACCAAGGCAGCGCUGCUCAAGCCUCAAGCUCACUAUUCCGGUAAAAUGCAUCCGCUUGCCACACUUCUUCUCCAUAUUCCAAUCUGGCAACGAAUGUGCUCGUGUCAGGAAAAGUUGAAAACACAGCUCUCCAUCUGUUUCUUGCUUCCUUCAUCAUGUAGGCGCAUGCGAGAACUCGGAGGCGCAUCUUCAACGAUCACCAAGUUCGAAGAUACGCUCUUCGCACAGAAACCGAAUAAUACCGCCAAACACUAA